AUGCAAGCAAUGCAGUGGUCGGCGAAUUUGAUUGGAGUGAAGCUGUACAAGAACAGAUUCUUGGAGCCUUUUUCUGGGGUUACUUUUGAAGUCAAGGUGCAACAUUCCCUGCAAUGCACACAAUGUGGUCAGUUUGAGGUCCUCCGCUUGAGCUCUUUCGAUCCUUACUGUGCAACCUAUGGAGGUCAGAUUGGAAAUGUAUUUGUGUUGCCGUUUUCGGGUUUCUUCUGUCAGUAUGGUUUUGAUGGCGGUUGGCCGAGUAUCUUGUACAUUUUAGGACUUAUGGGAGUGGUAUGGUGUGCUAUUUGGAUGUACAUGUCUUUUGAUAGACCUAUAAAUCACCCCCGAGUCUCUGAGGCAGAAAAGCAAUUCAUCACAAAGGCUGUUGAAGAAAGUGUGGGAAAACACACAGGCAAGGCCCCUAGCACACCAAAAGGUAUAAUUCUGACAUCAAGAGCCGUUUGGGGCUGGUUCGGUCACUUUGCCGGCGAUUGGGGAGCUCACACUAUGCUCGUUGCUAAGCGAAAGCCAAAUUCGAAUGAAUUGAAAAUCAUUUCUGCCGAGGUUUGGGCUUCACCGCAUCCUUUGAAACCAGGAGUAGGAGGAGUAGCAAACGCUAUAGUACGCUGA